CUGUCCAUUGUUGUAGGAACAGAAAGCGAGUUGAGAUUGAUAUACGGGGGCCGAAGACAAGUUGCGCAUAUCAUCAGCGGACCAGCUGCAGUGUAGGCAGCAGUGUAGCCAACAAGUCCUGAACGCAUCCUUCCAGACAUGGGUUGCUAUGACUGCUGUAUGCGCUGUUUGGGUGGGGUGCCAUACUGCUCCCUGGUCGCCACACUGCUGUGUUUCUCUGGCAUUGCCCUCUUCUGUGGUUGUGGGCACCAGGCACUCACAGAGACAGAGAGACUCAUCGAGACUUACUUUGCCCGUAACCUUCAGGACUACAUCACCCUUGCCUACAUCAUUCAAUAUUUCCAGUAUGUCAUCUAUGGUUUGGCCUCCUUUUUCUUCCUGUACUGCAUCGUGCUGUUGGCUGAGGGCUUCUACACCACCAGUGUUGCCAAGCAAACCUUUGGAGAGUUCAGGAGCACCAUGUGUGGCCGCUGCCUCAGCUCCUCGUUUAUAGUGUUGACAUAUGUACUGGCUGUGCUGUGGCUGUUGGUGUUUGCCUUCUCUGCCCUGCCUGUCUACUUCUUCUACAACAUGGAUGCCACCUGCCACACCAUCGACGUACUGACUGAGACCCCGGCGAGUAUCAACCAGCUGUGUGUAGAUGCAAGACAAUACGGGCUCCUGCCAUGGAAUGCAGUGCCAGGGAAAGCUUGUGGUAUGACUCUGUCCACUGUUUGCAAGACCAGAGAGUAUCAAAUGACCUAUGACCUCUACAUUGCUGCCUUUGCCGGAGCGGGCAUCACUCUCUUGGCUCUGCUGACCUAUACUGUGUCAACCACCUAUAACUUUGCGGUUCUGCGGUAUCUGGGGAGAAAGGGGAUAGGUGCACGGUGUUAGGCUCACCAGCUUCCUGUCGGCUCUCUCACUACUUCACCACCAACACAGGGGUCUAAAGGGUCAACAACAAUUCUCUCUUUCCACAUCAUCUGCACAGGACCACCACAUGGACUUUUAAAAAAAACUUGUCUUUAUAUUUUUACUUUCCUUGUUAUAAGGAUAUUAUUGUUUUGUAUUUCCUUUUUCUUUUUCUUGUUGUUUUUUUUGUGUGAAGUUUCUCUGCUGUGUUGUUCAUUAUUUUCAGUGCCACAUCACCAAUAUAUUUGUAAAUUAUUGUUUUUGUUGCUUGUUGAGGUUAGUGUCUAAAAUUAAUUUCUGCUUCCCAUCACAGUCAAAUAAUAACACUCAACUAAUCAAUUAACAUAUGCAAGAAAUAACCACCAAUUGACAACACGUACAGCUAUAAUGCAGCUGUUACGGAGAGUAGGGAUUAUAGGUUACCAUGGCUACCAUCCCUCACAUCUGGUUGCCAUGGUGGCAGACAAGCACGCAUUUGCAGUCUCACGCUGACCUCAGGACUUUUCUCACGGGCUGGAGAAAAGCCUCAACAAUGGAGUCAUGCCCGUUUUGAAAGCUAGCCAAUAAGGAUCCAGUUCUGGGGGCCACCUGCGCUACGAGCCUCUGCCAAGGGUUAUAUUACAUGUCAAGGGAGAGGCUCCCCUGGACAAAGAGAGGGCUAGACCUCUCUAAGGCCACAAUGCAGCUCUUCUAGGAUGGCAACCACACACACACAACGCAUCCAUAUGCUGCUGCAUGACCGCCACCUCCCCCCGAAUAAUGGAAACGAUGGAUUCAGAGUGAGGGAACUGAAGGAAUUUUAGAUGAUCUUGACUAGUUUCUUUCUGACGAAGGGACUUACUUAUUUAGAUCUGAUCUAGAAUGGUCUGAAAUUGUUUCUCAUAAUUUUGAGAUGGAAAAAGCACUAGGUGCUAACUUAUUGAGUAACCUCGUAUUAUUAGAUGCAAAACACAUUGUUGAGGUGUGACUCCCCCCUGCUGUUAAUGCAUGACUGAGGUACUUUUAUAGAGAUAGGACAGCUUUGUUUUAUCUCUAAUUCUUUAGGAAUUUUGUUGUAGUUAUUGUAUAAUAAUUCUUUUUACUUAUUGUAGCUGUAUUUACUAAUUGUACUCUUUGGUAUUACUAACAAAACCUAUUGCAACAUAAUGAGUAGAUUAUUCUAUUUGGUGGAAGCUUUACCCAGCUGUGAGUGGUGGAUUUGUCAAGUGGCAGCUGGCUGUUUGAUGAUUAUUUUUUGUGUUGGUAUAAUUUGAUAAUAAAAAGAGUAUUCUUUGAAGUAUU